AUGUGCAUCGACGGCGAAAAAAAAGUGGCUGUUGUGGAUAAAGUGUUGGUUUUCAUGAUCGAUUUGAAAAAACAAACACCUCCCGUGCAAAUGGGAGUUGGAGCAGGAUUUGGAACUGUCACUGGAUAUUUUUUGACAAAAGGAGGUCGUGUAGUUGCAGCAACUGUUGGAAUAUCUUUCCUCCUUGCACAAUAUGGUAUACACAAGGGAUAUAUCACACUGAAUGAAUCGAAAAUCAAACGGGAUUUGAAUAAAUUGAAGAAACAAGUUUCGGACAGGUAAAAUUCGAAUUUAUCGAUAAGAAAAUUCAUUUAUUUAUUGUUUUCAGAGCUUCGAAUCUUCCAGUUCUCUCAACUUUCACAGAAGACACCUUCUUUUACGAUAAUCGUUGGAUUUUUGGCGGAUUUGCAGCGGGAAUGCUUAUUGGUUUCAGUUUGGCGUAA